AUGUACGACGACAAGUCCUCGUUUAACGACCCCGACUUUCAACAAUUCUUUCUCGCUUUACGUCGGCGAGAGAUCAAGCACACCAAGGAACUGAACAUCGACAUCAAGCCCGUAGUCGACUAUUUUCGUCAGCAAGGAGAGAACGAGAGCCUCAGCACGGUGGUUCUUACUCAAAAGUUAUGUUGGCUCCUUGGUACAUGUGGUUUCCUACGCCCCAACGACAUUAUGUGCAUCGACUUGUCCAAUGAUAAGUUCCAUUUAGACCGGAUCACGGCUGUCCUCCCUAUUUUGAUCCCAAAGGAGACACGAGGUGGUAAUGUGGUUAACCGUAUCUGCAGAUAUACCACAGUCAAGAGUCACGACGAUACUCUCUUGUGCCCAGUCAAGACCCUCACCGAAUACCUCCGACGCAUUCAAGGACAUGACAUUGAUGUUCCUCAUCCCAAAGACGCGUCGAUACGAUAUCGCCCCCUCCUGCGCGAUGUCCGGGAUCCUAGCCGACAUGUCGGAGCUGAGCGCAUCAGUAACCACAUCGCUUUCAUUAGUCGUAAGCUUAAUCUGCCAAAGGAUGCCAAGUUACCCAAGGCCCGUGCCAUCGGAUCUACGGCUGCGAUCAAACAAGGUGCUCGCGUGGAUGAUGUUGUUGUCCAUGGAAAUUGGUCCUCAUCCGUACUCUUCGACAAGUUUUAUCGACUGAAUGCAGCUACCGCGACCAAUUUCACAUCGAUGGUUCUUUCAUAA